CAAAAGCAAAACAACUUUUUUUUGGUGCAUACAAGAUCAUCGUCUAGGUCUCUGUACCCUAUAGGUCCACACCCCAUUUAGCUUUUUUAUUCCAUGCCUUCUUCUCACGCCAUACACCCCACAAUAACACUCUUUCUUUUCUUAAGCCCCUCAUGCAUGGUGGCCCGUUCAGUCCCAUCAAUUUUUCUCUCCUUUUUUAUCAUCAUCCAAAUGCUGCCUAAACCUUAAUGCUUUCUCUUCCAUCAUGGCCUUGAUUUUCUUGUUAUUUCCAUUCCCCUCGGAACGGUAGUUAACGAGAAGAGAAAAACAAUGGAUGAAACUAAAAUUCUCUUAGAGUUGAAGUCCGUUUCGUCCUUAUGUGUUCAUAGCUUCAUCAACCUUCUAUGCGAAGAAACUAUUUCUUUUCUCUCAGUGUUCUCUUCAGAUCCUCUGUUUCAUUGCAUCGUGGCGUUUUGCACCUUGGUUUUCCUCUAUUUGCCACACCUUUUCUUGAAAAUAAUUCUAUCUCCAGUGCCCAUUCUCACUGCGAUUCUCCUUCUCUCUAUUCUCCGUCUCGGUGCAAUUCAAAGGUUACAACAUGAAAGAAGGGAGAAUCAUGUGAAACACGAAGAACAACCCAUCGUUUACGAAGAAAACAAGGGAAGUAAAUACAAGGGAGAGAAACAGAGUCCAUGUACCAUUGAACCUGACGAAACAAAGUCCGUAGAACAAGUGCACCAAUGGGUCCAUUCAGAAACAGAGGUCAUUUCCGACAUGGGUUUUGAAUCAAGUUCUCGUUUUGUUGAAUGGAACGUGAAAGCACCGUUGGAAGUGAUAUAUGAAGAGUAUGGUGAAGGUGAAGAAGCAGGGGAUGAUGCAAACGAGAACGUGGGUAUUAUGAGGUACCCUUCGUUGUCGCGUUUUUACCCGGAAUCGGAUUCCGAUAGCGAAUCGGAGAGUGAGUUUCCGGCGAUCGGAGAUUGGGACUCGCCGGAGGACCUUGAGUUUCGCUGGGGUGAAGAAGAAGAAGAUGAUGGUGAUGAUGAUGAUGAAGAAGAAGAAGACAGAGAAGGGUUGAUUGAGAUAGCUCUCGAUGGAUGCAAGAGGAAGAGGAACUUGGAAUUUAACUUUGAUGAAGAGAAUUUGAUUGAGAUCGAUAUUUCUCCGUCGAGGUACAGAGAACUUUCCGGCGACGACGAGGUGUUUUCCGGUAUACGUGGCAUUUGUAGUAGUGAACUGAGGAUGAAACUAUUCCAGCAUGAAACUCCACCUCCAUGAAGUGGUCUGCGGGUCGUAGAAAAGUUCAUAGACAACAAGUAAGGCACACACAUGACACAUGUGUACAUAGCAAAUUAAGGAUUUAAGGGCAAUGUUUGAUGGCUAAUAUUCUCUUUUAUUAUGCAAUUAACUUUUAUCUUCUUGUUACGUUUAACUUGUAAAAAAUAAAAAAAUGUUCUAAGGA